AUGAAUAACUAAUCUGUGAAUAUACAUUACAAUGACUAGAUAAAAAUGAAGGUAUCAGAAGUAUUUUAAAGUCAUUAUAUUAAUACAUAAACAUCUAAAUAGGAAUAAACUAUUGUAAUUUGUUUAAUAGUAUUUGGGAAUAUAAUUUGGAAUGUGAUUGCCAAUUUUUAAAAUACUGAAUUAAGUGAUUAUCGUUAAGAAUUAACAAUUAAAAUUAUUGAGACUCUUUGGAUUGUAUUUCAUUAUUUGAAGAAAAAGUAAACAUUUGUAAAAAUAUUAGAACUACUUAGACUCCUGAGUCUCUUUUGAAUUUAGGUUUAAUAAUUUUAUUGAUAAAUGGUCUAAUCACAAUAUUAACUAUAGAAGAGUAAAAUCUAUUAUAUGUUUUUUAGUAUACAUAGAAGAUCAGAAUAAGUAUUAGAUCAAUUUACUUUUUUCAUAUUAAUCAACCAAUAUAUCUACAAUCGAUUUUCUUUGAAAUUACAUUAUAUGCAUUAAGUAAUUGGAAUAAGUAGUGUUUUGGUAUUUUAGAGUAUUUGGGGAGAUCAUUUUGUUAGUACAAUAAAAUUGAUAACAGUAUAAUUAGUUUUUAUUUUAUCAAAAUAAUUACGAUAAUAAAGACUGUUGAAUGAGACAUCAAAUAAAAUAAAGUAAUUCAAUUAAGAAUUGGAUUAAAUGAAGUAGUAAUAAUAAUAAUAGAUAAAUAAAUAUCAAGAGGAAAUAGAUUAAAAAUCAUAAUUAUAAUUAUAAUCAAGAGCUAAUGACUUAGUGAAUAAAUUAAAAUUAAUAAAAUUUAAGUAAUAAUGUGAAAUAAAAAAUCAGAUGUUAAAAAAUGUUGGAUAAUAAUAAGAAAAAUUAUAAUCAAUGGUGUCAAUAACAGAAGUAUUAGGUAAAGAUGAAAUUGAUGAAGUUACAAAUUAACAUAAUUAAUCUACUUCACCUAAAUUAGAGAAUUUUAAAAGAAGAGCAAGCAGAACUUUAUCAUAAAAUUCAGAUUUAAAAGGUAAAAACUUUUUGUUUGAUCAAUAAUAAUCUCAUUCUGAUUAAGAUAUAGUUUAAGGAGAUAAUUAUAUUACAAUAGAUGAAAUAGAUGAUCUAUUGAAUUUGUUGACAGGUAAAAAAGAUAAUAUUUGGUUACCAAAAUUUUUAAGAAGUCAUCGUUAAUUAGAUUGUUAAAAUAGUAAUAAUAGUAUUUAAUAAACAUCAAAAGAAGAUUAAUUUAGUUAAGAUGCAAAAAAGUAAAUAUUUAAUAUUUAUAUUUAGAUUUAUACUUUCACAUUUUACUUAAAGAGAAGCUUCAUUUUAAUAUAUUGAUGAUAUAUAAGAUGAUGUGGAUGAUAUUGCUGAGAAAACUCUAAUUGAUUUUAACAUCAAUUAUUUAUAAUAAGAUUAUACAUUAAAUAAUUUAGAUUAAUCAUAAAGAAUGAUGUUUAUAGAAGGUUCUAUUAAUUUAUUUAAGAUUUUUAAGGUUAUCUAAACAUUGAAAAUUACUAAUUUAGAAACACUUGGAGAAUUUAGUGUUAAAAUAGAAUCUUUAUAUUAAAAUAAUUUUUAUCAUAAUUCAAUGCAUGCUAUAGAUGUUGCUAAUUCAACAGCAUUUUUUUUAUAAAAUGGAUUAUCUACUUUAAUAGAUGAUUUUUAAGCUACUUGUUUAUUAAUAUCAUCAUUAGCACAUGAUAUUGGACAUCCAGGAUUAAAUAAUGGAUUUAUGACAGCAAAUAGAUGUAGAUUAGCCUUAUUAUUUAAUGAUUAAAGUGUUUUAGAGAAUUAUCAUUCAUUUCUAUUAUUUUAAGUUCUUACUUAAAGUAAUUGUAAUAUCAUAGAGAAUCUAAGUUCUAAUGAAAUAAAAGGAUUCAGAAAGUAUUGUUUAAAUUUAAUUCUUGAUACUGAUCUUACUAGACAUUUUUAAUUAAUGAACAAAUUCUAAAAUUAUUUAAAUGUAAAUGAAUCUCCAGCUAUAGAUUAAUAAUUAAUUAUGUCAAUUGGUAUUAAAUGUGCUGGUAAUUAUUAUUUAAUAUAAUUAUUUUAGAUGUUGGACAUGGAGCAAAAGAAUUAAAAUUGCACAAAUUAUGGAGUAGAAGAAUUGUUGAAGAAUUCUUUUUAUAAGGAGAUUUAGAACAUUACUUAAAAGUACCUAUAUCACCAAUGUGUGAUAGAAAUUAGAAUGUUUCUAAAUCUCAGGAAGGUUUUUUAAAAGCUAUAGUAUUACCUAUGUUUGAGGCAUUUUCAACUAUAUUGAAAAAGUAUAUUAGUUUAUAUGAUUAAUAGUGAAAAUAUCCAAAAAACUUGUGUUGAUUAAGUAAAAUAAAAUAUAGAAUAUUGGUAAAAAUAGGAGACAGAUUAAAAGUUUAUGGAAGAAACUAUUUUUGAUACUAAUUCAGGAUUAGAAACUCUUUAAAAGUUUCUAAAUGAGCCUCUUCAUAUUGAGAUUUGA